CAAGUGAAAUUGAAAUCAGGUUUCCAAAAAAUGUGGUUGUCACAGUUCAUUCAUGAUUUAGCAAGGGGAUAAUUACUUUUUUAAAUAGGGCCAGGCAAGUUUGGACAGGUUUUUUAAAUCAUGAUUUAAAACUGAAUUAUUUUUAGCUUUGUGUCAUAUUAAAAUUUGCUUGAUGAUCUGAAUCAUUUAAGUGUGACAAAUAUGCAAAAAAAAGGGAAGGAGAAAUAUACUUUUUCACAGCACUGUAAUUAUUUUUGAAUGGAAUUUUGACUGCAUUUGCAAAUUUACUUACUAUAGGUCUUUUCUUCACAGGUGAGUAGUGAAGGAAAUGCAGGACAGGCUGUGGGAAUGGAGAUCCUCUCAACAUUCCAGUUAGCUUUUACAAUCUUUGCUGUGGAUGAUCGAAGACGCAGGGACAUAGCAGAGCCAGGGAGUGUUGCCAUCGGCUUUUCUCUGAUAGCAGGUGCUUUAACAGCGGGCCCAUUCUCAGGUGGAAGUAUGAACCCAGCCAGAUCGUUUGGACCAGCCUUGCUCACAGGGUUUUGGGAACAUCACUGGGUGUACUGGAUUGGUCCUAUUCUUGGUGCUUUUCUAGCAGGUGCAUCAUAUGAAUUCUUCUUUGCAUCAAGUGCCUCAAGGGAAAAGCUUGUUGCCUGUCUCACGUGUAAGGAUAUUGAGAUGGUAGAAACAGCAAGUGUCUCUCGGUCUUCCCUCUCCAUGGCCACACAGACUGCAGGACGCACGCGCCAAGUGGAGCAAAAACAUGAGCCAAACUAACAGCAAGUGCAUAUUUUCAGGGAAACUGCUGUUUAUGGACAAUGGACAACAAAUUUUGACAAACAAAAUUUUAAUGUUAUAGGAAAAAUAAAUGUUACAACAUUUCAUAAAGAAAUAAUGUCACUUGGUACCAUAAUUGGUAUUAAUUAUAUUUG